UACUGUACUUCCUUCCCUCCACCUCUCACGCCAAGAGUAGCAGCAGCAUCUGCAAGGACUCAAACAACGGUCUGGGGGAUUAAGUGAACCAUAGCAUCGGUGGCGGCAGCAGCAGCAGCAAGAAUACUGAUUUCAUUAUGGAUUUCAUCUCUGAAGCAAAUGGUCCCUUUGCCAUUAACCUUCUGAAAAAAUUGAGUGAAAAAGAUAACUCACAAAAUGUGGUUUUUUCUCCUCUGAGCAUCUCAUCUGCCCUUGGCAUGCUUUUUCUAGGGGCCAAAGGAAACACAGCAGCUCAGAUUGUAAAGGUACUUUCUUUAAACAGAGGUGGGGACAUCCACAGGGAUCUUCAGACUCUUCUCAAUGAAGUGAACAAAUCUAGUACCCACCACUCCUUGAGAACCGCUAACAAACUCUUUGGAGAAAAAAAUUACAAUUUCCUCUCAACAUUUAAAGAAGCUUGCCAAAAUUUCUACAAUGAAGAGCUGGGAGAACUUUCCUUUGCUAAGGCCCCAGAGGAGUCCAGGAAACAUAUAAAUACCUGGAUAGCAGGGAAAACUGAAGGUAAGAUUGCAGAGAUGUUAUCUACCUCUUCAGUUGGUCCAGUGACUAGACUGGUCCUUGUGAAUGGCAUCUAUUUCAAAGGGAAGUGGAAUGAACAGUUCAAGGAAAACUAUACAAGGGAGAUGUUUUUUAAGACCAGAAAGAACGAGAAAAAGCCAGUGCAGAUGAUGUUUAAGGAAGCAACAUUUAAAAUUACUUACAUAAAAGAAAUAUCCACCAAAAUCCUGGAGGUCCCCUAUGUGGGUGAGGAGCUGAGCAUGAUCAUUAUGCUUCCUGAUGAAAACAUUGAUCUAAAAAAGGUAGAAGCAGAAUUGACCUAUGAGAAAUUUGUAGCCUGGACAAAACCAGACUUGAUGAAAAGAACAGAAAUGAGUGUGUUUCUCCCCAAAUUUAAAAUAGCAGAGCAUUAUGACAUGGAAUCUCUUCUUCGAAGUUUUGGAAUAUUGGAUGCUUUUGAAGGAGGCAAGGCUGAUUUUUCUGGAAUGUCAACUCAAGGAGGCCUGAUUUUGUCCAAGUUCCUGCACAAGUCCUAUGUGGAAGUUGAUGAAGAAGGUGCUGAGGAAGAUGAUGCUGCAAUAUUCCGAGUGCCCAUUUGUGGAAAAAUUCUGCCAAACUUCAUCCCUGACCACCCAUUCCUCUUCUUUAUCCGGCACAACAAAACCAACAGCAUCCUCUUCUGUGGCAAAUUUUCUUCUCCAUGAAAAUAUACAAUUACUUUGCUUAUAUUUGCUAAAUAUUAAUUUUGCUGCUUUUCUAUGUUUACCCUUAAGGUAGAAGAUUCAUAUCUAUCAUCCAAAGUAAUGUCCUUAAUGGCCCAUACAGAGCAUUAAGAGUAAUUAUGCUUUUUUUAAAAAUAUUUCUUCCAUUACCUUGUACCUAUCCGGGCAUAUAGUAUGCAUUAAGUAUUAAUUAUGCAUCUUUUGGUUGUGACAAUAAAAUUCAAUUAGUGGA